GUCUACUGACCACGUGGACAGUUACAUCAGAAGAAGCAAGCACGUUGCUGCUUUGUUAUACAAUCAUCUCUUCAUCCUAGCAACAUGUACAGAACAGCCAGUCUUUACAGGCCCGUAUCAAGAGCCGUCUCAAAGCUACAGUCAAGAUCAUAUGCUAAGGAGAUUGCGUUUGGGGAGAAUGCCAGGAGUUCGAUGCUUACUGGCGUAGAGACAUUAGCUAGAGCCGUCUCUGCUACACUGGGUCCCAAGGGACGUAAUGUCAUCAUAGAACAGUCAUGGGGUAGCCCUAAGAUCACUAAAGAUGGCGUGACUGUUGCUAAAGCUAUAGAACUCCCUGACAAGAGAGAGAAUUUAGGAGCUCGUUUGGUCCAAGACGUUGCCAAUAACACAAAUGAGGAGGCAGGUGAUGGUACCACAACAGCUACUGUAUUAGCACACUCCAUUGCUAAAGACGGAUUCACUCGUGUGAGCAACGGAGCCAACCCUAAUGAAGUGAGGACUGGAGUUCAGAGAGCUGUAUCUGCUGUAGUCACCGCACUUAAGGAUCUAUCAAAACCAGUCACAACCCCAGAGGAGAUUGCACAAGUGGCUACAAUUUCUGCCAAUGGCGACAAAGAGAUUGGAGAUCUCAUAUCAUCGGCAAUGAAAAGAGUUGGCAAGAAUGGUGUCAUCACUGUUAAGGAUGGCAAGACUCUUAAUGAUGAGCUGGAAGUGAUCGAAGGAAUGAAGUUUGACAGAGGAUACAUAUCGCCUUACUUUAUUAACUCCAGUAAAGGACAAAAAGUUGAAUUUGAGAAUGCACUUCUUUUACUAUCGGAGAAGAAGAUUAGCUCUGCCCAGAUGCUGAUCCCAGCUCUUGAGCUUGCUAACGCUCAACGCCGCCCACUUGUUAUAAUUGCAGAAGACGUUGAUGGAGAGGCACUGACAACACUAGUACUGAACAGGUUAAAGGUGGGGCUACAAGUUGCAGCUGUCAAGGCUCCAGGGUUUGGUGACAAUAGAAAGAACCAACUAACUGACUUAGCUAUAGCAACUGGAGGAAUAGUGUUUGGUGAUGAGAGCAUACAGUUAAAAAUUGAAGAUGUCAAGUUGUCUGAUCUAGGCGAAGUCGGUGAAGUUUUGAUCACUAAAGACGAUACUCUCCUGAUGAGAGGCAAGGGCACUGAUGCUGAUGUGCAGCAUCGUGUAGAGCAAAUAAAGCAAGAGAUUGAGGACUGUCGGAGCGACUUUGAGAGAGAGAAACUCCAAGAGCGCCUCGCUAAGCUCUCGGAUGGGAUUGCUGUGCUGAAGGUUGGAGGAUCUAGUGAUGUUGAAGUAAAUGAGAGAAAGGAUCGUGUGAAUGAUGCAUUGAAUGCUACCAGAGCUGCUGUCGAGGAAGGCAUUGUCCCUGGAGGUGGUGUGGCUUUACUGAGGUGUAUCCCUUCACUGAACAACGUUACCUCAGAGUCCGAUGAUGAGGAAUCAGGUGUGGACAUUGUCAAGGCAGCUCUCACUGCUCCCUGCAAGACUAUAGCAAAGAAUGCUGGAGUAGACUCAGAGAGAGUUGUAAAUAAACUCCUCCAAUCCCCAGACCCUAAUGAAGGCUAUGAUGCACUCCAUGACAAAUACGUAGACAUGAUACAAGCAGGUAUUAUUGAUCCAACUAAAGUGGUGCGUUCAGCUCUUCAAGAUGCUGCUGGCGUGGCAUCCCUUCUCUCUACAGCUGAUGUGGUAGUCACUGAAAUACCAAAGGAGGAUCCACCAAUGCCAGCUGGAGGGGGAAUGGGUGGUAUGGGCGGCAUGGGAGGAAUGUAUUAAAGACUUGUUGUGAAGCGUGAAAUGAAAUUAUUAUUGUGUUCUAUUUUGUCUUUUUGUGUUUGUUAAUAUUUUUUGUGUAUAUAAAUCAUUCUCUGACAUGACAGCAUGGACUGUCAAUUUUGUGAAAUUUCGUUAAAAUGUUGCAAUUGAUAAUUAACGUUAA